UGCACAACUGUCUAGGUUUCGUUAUGGGUUUGAUAUUGACUGUGCCGUUAAUUAUCAUCAUAAAUGUUGUUAGAAAGUAUUUUUCUCAGAAACAAAACUCCAGUUUUGUAUGUUGUUUGAAGCAACAAUGGACGGAAAUUUUUAUUAAUGUCUCUAAAUAUUGGCAAAAAAAGAGAUUAAAUAAUUAUAGUGUCGCCUUAAUGGAACAAAUGGAUAAAAGUGGGAUGAUUCCUUCGGAAGAGCAUAAGAAAUUGGAAGAACCUAUUUCAUUUGAUGAAUUUCGACCAGGAUUAAUAGAUGAAGUGUCUAUGAGCGGAUUUAAUUUUAAAGGGGAUAGUCUAAUAUUAAGACUCGUUAGGAAAAGUAAUUUUAAAACAGAAGUAUUUCUUCAUCUAAAUCUAAAUGGCAAAGGUAGCUUUCAGUUACCUUUUCUUCCGGAUAGUCGAGCCUUCAGUUCCGAUGCAAACGAGUUUAGUUCUUGUGGUUUAAAAAUUAAAUGUUUAUCUGCUUUAAGAAGAUGGAGAAUUAGCUACAAUGGAUUUCUUAAAAAAAUGAACACUGAUAAAACGCAAGAAGAAAUGCUUCAUGUAAAAUUUUCUUUCUUAUGGUUGUCAAUCAGCAGCUCACACGACUUUCAAACCGAUUUUAAUUCCUCCUUAUUAUCAGAAUCAAUGUGUCAAAAUUUUUCUUUAUUUCCUUACAGUAAUUUAAACAAAUUUAAGAACAUAUUUAACAAUUACGAGCAAUGGGGAAAUUAUAUCGGAACAAUUUCUAUAGAUAACAAUGAAGAAGAAAUGCAUCUUUGGGGUCCACGUCUUAGAAACCGAGGAGUUUUGGAAUGGAACCAAAUCGGGGAUUAUGUUAAAAUAUAUGGUUAUUUCAAGGAUGGAACGAUGUUUAAUUUAGGGAAGAUAAACAGUCCUGGAACAUUUACAAAUUUGAAGUACGGUUAUGUAAUUCGACCUAAUCGAUCCAUACAUCCCAUCGAGUCUUGUUAUUUUGGUAUUACUUCAAAGGAAGAAAAUAAUAUUCAGCGCAAAUUGAUAUUCCGAGCUGCGGGAAAAUGCUAUCUAGUCGACUGUAAACAAUUAAGUGGAAACAGUGAAGUGUUUUAUGGAGAAAAUGGAGAAAUUAAAAGCUGUAUACGGCUCGCAAAUUAUACUUUAGAAGAAACGGAAGGGAAAGGAUAUAUCGAAUUCGGAGUCAGAAAUGAAACUGAGAUGCCACAACCGUUGAGACAUAUAUAUCCUUGUUUACUUCGCGAGAAUGAUUUACUAAAAUUAGAUCAGGAAAUACCUUUUGUUGUGGAUAUCAAUGAGAAAAUAUGUCGAGAUGACAGAAUUUCUGGUGGUAAAGGGUGUUCUUUGGCUAUGCUUUGUAAAUUAUUAAGUAUACAGAAAGGCGCACUCCAUUCUAAUAUAAAAGAGAAAUUUCUUGUACCGAAAGGGAUAGUUAUUACUACUUCUGCUUAUAAACAUCAUAUUAAGAGCCAUAAUUUAUCAUCAAAAAUUGCAUCUCUAUACAAUUGUAGAAAUCCUAAAAAAUUAGAAGAAACAUGCAAAGAAUUAACUGAUGAGUUUUCUAAGACGACUCUUUCUGAGAAUAUCAAACAAGCGAUUAAAUAUAAACUGGAAGAAGUAUUUUCUAAAGAAUUUCAGAAUGUACCAUUUGCAGUGCGCUCUUCGGCUUCUGGAGAAGAUAGCUUAGAGACUUCCGCAGCAGGCCAGAUGGAUACAUAUCUUGGCAUCCGUUCCAUUGAUCAGAUAUUUCAUCAUGUGGUUAAGUGUUGGAGUUCUCAAUUUUCGUACGUUGCUGUAAAUUAUAAAAGACAAACGGGCCAAAUUUUAGACAGUAAUAUGGCUGUAGUAGUACAAGAAAUGGUACCUGCUCAAAUUGCAGGUGUUGCGUUUACAUGUGAUCCUGUAACAGGAAAUCCAGCAUAUAUCACCAUUACAGCUAAUUAUGGUUUAGGAGAGUCUGUAGUAUCGGCUUCCAGUGAACCCGAUACAGUUAUACUAGAAAGAAACUUUGAUAAUACAUUAUUCAUCAAGUCGCAGACAAUUGGAGAAAAACGUAUAAAAAUUCAGAUGUCAGGUGGAGGAGGUACAAUAACUGAAAAUGUUACAGAAGAGCAAGCAAAGUUAUGCUGCCUACAACCUGAAGAUGCAUUAAGAAUAGGGCAUGUUUCUAUUUUAAUUGAACAAUGCUUUGGAAACCCGAGAGAUAUUGAAUGGGCGAUUGUAAAUAAUCAAAUUUAUCUUUUGCAGGCAAGACCUAUUACCACUCACGACCUAGAGACAGAUUUUGAGAUAAUUCACGAACUGGAUUCGGGUCAUUUGACUGAUAAUGAAUAUAUAACUAAAGCUAAUGUUGGAGAAGUCAUGCCCCAUGCAUUAUCUCCUCUUUCCAUAUCGACAGUAAUUAAAUUAUUUGAUCUAGAAUUCCAGGCACAAUUGUUUAAAGAAAAAUUUUCGUAUAAUGUAUAUAUCCCUGAAACAAGUUAUGCCCUUCCAACAAGCUUUAAUCAUUGUUUUAUAUCAAUUGUCGAUGUUAUUUUGAGAAAAUGUAGUGAUGAAACUAGUGAGGAUAAUUACGGCUGGGAAUUAUCUCUUUUUGGAAGAAUACUGGAUAAUCAUAAUGAGCUACAGUCUUCUGCAAUUUUUCGAUACGGAGUAAAUUCCAAGCUAAAAAAUAUACUGGAACUCAUCAGUAUUUUUUGGGAUAAUUUAUCAACUGAAAGUAAAUUGAAAAUUGCCAAAGAAGAAAUGAAAAAUAAAUAUCUACCAAUUGAUAUUUUUACUUCAUCCCAUCAACUUUACUCAGUCAUAACUCAGACGCAACCAUUGUAUUCUGAAACGAGUAAUUUACAUAUGAUUUGUUCAUCUGUUUCAUCUGUAUUGAAUUCUUUCAUUUUGAUGGCUUUGACAAAAAUUCAAGGAGAAAUUAAUGAAAAACUAUUAGCCGAUUUUUCUAAACUUAUAUCUAAUUGUGAAAACGUAGAAAGUAUGGAUGUCCCAAACGCUCUAAAAAAUCUAGCCAAUAAAAUAAAAGAGAAUGGAGCGAGAGAAAUUUUUUUGAAAAUGAGUCCAAAGGAAGCCGUCAAAUGGAUGGAAGAAGAGAAGGGCUGCGUAGGAAUUAAAUAUAAGGAAUUCUUACAACAACACGGUCAUCGAGGAUUAAUGGAAUUUGAUUUAUUGUCUCUGCCUUGGGACUUGGAUCCUGCACAACUCGUUAAAUCAUUACAGUUGAUACUUAAAGACUUAACAAAAGAGACGAAAGACAAGAAAAAAAGCGAAUCGCCCAGUGCAGCUGUCGAACAACUGCGUCUCCCUAUCAAUCGAAUACAAAGGUAUCUGUUGAAGAAGCUAGUUAGUUGGGCACGUAACGCUGUCAGCAGGAGAGAAAAAAGUAAGUCAAUAUUGAUUAAGUCAGUCGACAUAUACAGGAGAGCCUACAGAAAAUUGGGUGAACUGAUGGAGAACGAAGGAAGAAUUCCCGAUUCUAACCUUAUUUUCUUCUUCACACAUGAAGAAAUAGGAAUUUUAUUGAAGAAUAGAUCAGCUCAUCUAAUUUCAAAAGCCUUGCGUAGACAAAAACUGCAUAAAAGUAUAUACGAUCUCAAAUUCGAUGAAAUUGUUAUUGGAUUUCCAAAGCCGAUUAUGGAAAAGAUGGAAUACAUAUCUAAAUCAUCGGACUGGACUAUAAAUGGUAUACCAAUAUACCAUGGGAUUGUCGUAGCUCCGGCAAGAGUUGUUCAAAAAUUUGAAGAAGCCGAAAACAUUCAGCCAGGUGAAAUCUUAGUAACAUAUUCGACAGAUGUUGGAUGGACUCCUUAUUUUCCCAAAUUAUCUGGAAUAGUUACAGAAUUGGGCGGGCUUCUAUCACACGGAGCAGUAGUCGCUAGAGAAUUUGGCACACCCUGUAUAAUUGCAGCUCGAAAUGCUACAGCAAUAGUUAAAACUGGAGACAUAGUAGAACUGAAUGGAAAAGCCGGUACUUUGAAAAAAGUUUAAAAAUAAUCAUUGUAAAAAUAUAUAUAUAUUUUUAAAAUUCGGUUUAUCCUUGUUAAUUAUCCUAGCAGAGUAUAUUUAAUAGAAAAAAUAAAUUACUUUUUCAAAUAAAGUAAAGUAAGUUUUAUCGAAAGGUUUCUUUUCCGUGGAUUUCUAUCGAUAGAUUUCAAUGAUCGUUAUAACUGAAACCAUGUGGAAAAAGAUUCUCCCGAAGUUGGAGAAGAUAAAUAUUUCACUAAAAA